GUAAACCAACCGACUGAUUGAGUAGUGCGGCCAUAUUGUCUUGAAUGAGUGCGUGAAAACAUUGGCGAAAGAGCCAAAACAAAUCUUCCAACAUCUCGUCGUUGUGAAGAUUAAUCGUUGCCACAACUAUAAUGGAGAAUUCUUAUGGAAUUGGCACACGUAAUAGAUAUGCUCUUUUUUUGGAUGAUGAAUCAGAUCCGCUAGAACUUCUUAAAGAGAAAGAACAGGAAAAAGAGCAAAAGAAGAAGAAUAAGGCUUCUGAGAAGGAAAAUAAAAUAAAGACGGAUGCCCCGACUAAAGUGAAAACGGUACAAGGUUCCAAGAAAACGAAUAAAGAGACUCCGGCCCACAAGCCCCAAGAUAGCAAGCGUGAGGAUACUAAGCCUAAUCCACGCUCUAAUAUUGAAAGCAAACCAGAAAGAAACUUUAACAAGUUCAAUAACGAAAAUCGUGAGGAACGAAAUAACCGGCGAAAUCGUGAAGAUAGACAAUUUAAUGGACCUGUAGAUGGAAAUCGUGAUAGAGAUGAUCGACCUCCAAGGAAAGAUUUAUCUGAUAACUUUGAGGGACGUCCAAGGAACAGGAAUGUUGGAAAUAAAGAUGGACCUCGCGGACCUAGGAAUAAUCGCAAUUUUGAGCGACGAGGAAAGCGGGAAUUUGAUAGACAAAGUGGAUCAGAUAAAACUGGCGUAAAACCGAUUGAAAAACGAGACGGAGCUGGUGCACAUAAUUGGGGAUCUCACAAGGAUAUUAUAGAAGAAGUUAACAAGGCUGAAGAAAUUGAUGCUUCCUGGGGCGAUGUCGAUAAAAACGAUUCUGGAUUAUCAGCUGGAGAAAAUAAGGAUAGUGGAGAACCUGAACCAGAAGCUGCUCCAGAAGUGGAAGAGCCAAAGGAACUCACUCUGGAUGAAUGGAAGGCUCAACGUGAGGCUCAACGCGCUGGUCGUACAAAACCUCAAUAUAACAUACGUAAAGCCGGAGAAGGUGAAGACCCAACCCAAUGGAAAAAGAUGUAUGAAUUGAAGAAAAAGGAAGAAGAGACUGAGGUAAGAUUAUAUUUACAUUUCUCUCUUUUAUUAUACUACUUGAACAACUUUAAUGAUACCAAUGGACCUCGCGGACCUAGGAAUAAUCGCAAUUUUGAGCGACGAGGAAAGCGGGAAUUUGAUAGACAAAGUGGAUCAGAUAAAACUGGCGUAAAACCGAUUGAAAAACGAGACGGAGCUGGUGCACAUAAUUGGGGAUCUCACAAGGAUAUUAUAGAAGAAGUUAACAAGGCUGAAGAAAUUGAUGCUUCCUGGGGCGAUGUCGAUAAAAACGAUUCUGGAUUAUCAGCUGGAGAAAAUAAGGAUAGUGGAGAACCUGAACCAGAAGCUGCUCCAGAAGUGGAAGAGCCAAAGGAACUCACUCUGGAUGAAUGGAAGGCUCAACGUGAGGCUCAACGCGCUGGUCGUACAAAACCUCAAUAUAACAUACGUAAAGCCGGAGAAGGUGAAGACCCAACCCAAUGGAAAAAGAUGUAUGAAUUGAAGAAAAAGGAAGAAGAGACUGAGGAAUCCGAGGAAGAAGAAUAUGAUCAAAAUGAAUACCCACAACGUGUUGGAAGGCAAAAACAUAUACUGGAUAUUGAUAUUCAUUUCAACGAUAGUAGACGUGGUGGAACUGGUGGACGUGGCAGAGGAGGAAGAGCUGGUCGUGGCGCAAGAUCAAACAGAGACCGACAACAACCACAACAACGUUUCCGUGGAGGCCCAGGGGCUGGAGCUGGUGGUGUGGCUAACGAGGAUCACGAUGACUCUUCACAGCGUGCAGAAAGGGCACCAAAAGUCGAUGAUGAACGCGAUUUUCCCUCUCUCAGCUAAGAAGUCAAAAUUUUUGUUCAUUUUUACCGUUUUGUUAACUCUUAACGUUUGCAAUUGUUAAUUAUUUGGUACAAAUUCCAAUAAUAACUAGCCAAAAACCUGUAGCUAAAUUUCGAACAUUGCAGCAGUUUUUCAAUGACAGACUGCAAACGGUGAUUGUUACUAGUCAGAACUGAGAUUGUUAUUCUUGUGUCAAAAACUUAUGUCCUACUAGUAACACAUUUGCUUUUAUUUUUUAUAGAUUAAUUUUCUACAUCCGUUUGCUGUUAUUGCAGUUCGGUAAAUUUC